AUGACGGCACAAGACAAAGUCAAAGAGACAGUGCGCGAAGAAGCGCAGAGAGUCGCCGGCCUGGCACAAGAUGCUGCUCAGUCUGGAGCCUACCUCUAUCCCAUCAAGGGCAUCUUCUACUUCCUCUCGAAACGCGAGCUCUGGAAGCCUCUCGCAAACAGGCUCCUCCCAACCCUCGCUCUCGGUCUCACCACACUCGCUGGUGUCUUCUUCUUUGGAUACCUUCCCCAAGCUGCCGUUCUUGCAGUCUUCAAUGGACCUCUGGCUGCCGUCAAUGCCGCAUUGCUGUGUUUGAACGAGAGUAGCACCAUCUUCAAUACCCUCUCCAAGACGUUCCUUAUUGAGGAAAGCUUGAUCAACACCUUCGACGGCACUUUGGUUGCCAAGGGCGAGGCCGAACUCGUGUCCAGAGAGCGCAAGGUCGGUCGUGGCGGUGAUGCUAUCGGUCGUCUGGGCAAGCUCGUCAAGAAGCCCUUCGCCAAAUUCGCUCCCAGCGCCAUCAUCAGAUAUGUCAUGUACCUGCCUCUCAACUUCAUCCCUGUUGUCGGUACUGUCAUGUUCAUCCUUCUCCAAGGCAAGCGCGCUGGUCCUGCUGCUCACGCCAGAUACUUCCAACUCAAGGGUAUGAGUAAGGCUCGCCAGGAAGAGUGGAUCGAGAAGAGACAGGGCGCAUACACCGGUUUCGGUACUGUUGCUACUCUGCUGGAGCUUGUCCCCAUCGCCGGCGUCUUCUUCGCUUUCACCAACACUACUGGUGCUGCUCUUUGGGCUGCCGAUCUCGAGUCUAGGAACAACGAUAACCAGUCCACUGCCCAGCUCAGAGACCAGUCAAAGAAGGCCCGCUGA